AUGGAUUCAGGGGCCGAUGACCCAGCCAGUCGCGGCAAGCUCAUCGUCCUCAAGAAGAAGCUGGAAGAUCGCGAGAAAGCCCUCGCUGAGAACUCCGCACUCGUCGAGAAACUCGAAAGCUCUGUCAACGAAAAGCAACUCGUCAUUGACGCUCGGGAGAAGCAGUUGGCUGAGAAGGGACGGAUGAUGGCAGAGAUGGAGGAAGGGGAGCGCAAGAUGCAGGCCGAGCUGCGUGAGAAGGAGAAAAUCAUCGAGAAGAGAGAGGCGGUGAUUGAGGCCAUGCGCAGCGGAGGGGUGGGCGGGGCGUCGGGCAGUGGGAGGAUGGGAGAGGAUGAAAGUGACCAGGGUACAUCAGUGAGCGACUCGAGGGUGAAGGAGCUGGAGGUCUUACAGGCAGAGUGCAAACAGAAGGACCAGGCCAUUACAGAUUUCAACCGGGUGCUGGAAAACAUGCGGGAAAAGACUGAAGGCACGGAUGAGAAAAUCAGCCAGCUGACUACAGAGCUUGAGCAGCGAGAUGCUGCACUUAACGCGGAGAGGGAACGCUGGGAAGCAGCAGAGAAACAGGAACUGGUACGCACUCACCAGGAGAUGCUGGCUGAAGUCCGGACCGUGGCCAAGCAGCGGCAAGGCCAGCUGGAGAUGCUACAGACGGAGCACAGGAGAGAGAUGUCCCAGCUGGUGGGCAAGUCCAACGACGCAGCCACCAAGGCACUGGAGAGGAGAUGCCAAGAAGCCGAAGAGAUCCUGUCGGGGAAAGUCCGAGUCUUGGAGAUGCUGCAAGGUGAGAUUGGAGAGAAGGAGAAGCUGCUCUUGGAGCAGGGGACCACUGUCAAGUCCCUGACGGAGAAACUGCAGACGUACCAGGAUCAACUGGGAAACCUUCAGGAGGAUUUUGCCUCCAGGCAGCAGGCUUGGAGGAACGAGAAACAAGCUCUGGAAGGACAAAUUGAGGAAAUCAGAGAGAAGCAUGAGACUGAGUUAACAGAGAAGACAAACACCGUGACGGAAUUGCAAACAAGUCUUCAUCAGUAUGAGACGCAGUACAAGGAAGUUUCAGACAGCCAUAACAAGAUCCAGUCAGACUUUGAGCAGACCCAAUCUGAACUGGAGCAGAGCAAGACAGCGCUGGAACAAACCAGGACAGAACUGGUUCAAACCAGAACAGACAGGCUGGAACAGGAAAAAGCAGAAAUGGAAGCAAAGCAGGCUGAGAUUGAUAGGCUGCAACAACAACUCAGAGACAAGGAAGAAGAGAUCAGACUCAAAGAUGAGGAGGUCAAGGAGUCGAACAAGAAGGCGGAGGCUAAAUUCAUGAAAGUCAAGGCCCAGGCCAAAGCUAAGAUAAAGUCCCUUGAAGAAGACCUGGAGGAACUCAAAAAGGCGGAUUCCAUGGCAGAGGAGCUGAGUGAUUUGAAACUCAAGAUUGCCGAGCUUGAAGAAGAGAAGGGGAACCUGCAACUCAAGCAGAUGGACUUUGACGAGAACACGGCUCAGAUUGAAACUUUGAAAACAACUGUGAGUAAUCUGGAGACAAAAAAUGCCAGAAUGUCUCAGAGGAGAAAGACGAACUUCGCAAGAUGAUUGAGGCCCAAUCACAAGAACGGCUUGAGAUAGAGUCUAAGCUGGAAGAUUUGCAAUCCAAGUUAGACCAGAAUCAGUUGGAGUUUGACCAGCAGCAGCGGGACAAGAUGGCGGCUCUCUCGGAGGAGUUGUCCCAUCUCAGAGAGAGGCUGCUGGAGGCGGAGGACGCCCGAGACGCUGAGAUGAAGUCUAGG